AUGAACUACUUUGGCCAGUGGUCUAAUCUAGAGCUGCUGCGCCAGGAUGGCAGCAAGCGUCUGGCCGCAGACGUGCUUAGUGACGUGCCGUACGUCGUCCUGCUCUUUGGCGCAUCCUGGAGCCCCGAAUGCGAGGCCUUCAUGGAUGUUAUUGGCAACUUCUACGAGGCACAUCACGAGGCAAAGGGGUUUGAGGUGGUAUACAUCUCUCGCGACUAUAGCCGAGCAGAGAUGAUGAAAGGCUUCCUGCUAAGUGAACGCGCCUCUGCGGCUGCGCAGAGGCGCGCGCAUCAGGUGCGCAAGGAGGAGCGAACGCACCGCCGUCUGAGCGCAGAGGAUGGCCAAGAGGGAGAGAAAAAGCCAUCCGUCGCGGCGUACGUGCAAGAGGACGCAAAUUGCCAACACCUCAAUGGAAAGGACACGAAGAGCUGCUCGGAGCACCGCAAAGCUUCUUUGAGGGACAGCCCCUCUCUCUCCUCCAUACCUCCGCCGUUGAGGCGCGUGGCGGAGCUGACGGUCAACACCGCCGCAAGCAGUCUUGCUGGUGCCUCUGCCAAUCCGCUGAUGUCGUGCGGCCGGCGUGGCUUCUGGGCUGUGCCGUACGACCACGUCGGUUGCGUUGGCGUUCCCAUUCUUUACCACCUUCGCGUCUUUACAUACCCUGGCGUGAUUGUGUGCCGCAACAAGCGGUUCAGUGCGGACUUGACACCUGCGCUACUACCACCGCUGCCUGCGGUGCACCAGGCACCAGCGGAGCGCUCGAUUCUGUCGCCGGAGAUUCGGCCGCCCGAGGGGACAGAGACGGAGUUAACGCAGCCGUCGCUCUCGUUGCCCAUCGAUCGCGCCAAUGCACCGCAGAGACGGCAGAAGACACCGAUGGUGGCGCGGCCCGAGUGCUACCCCGACGUGGUUACCAUUGCCGGUCGCUUCAUGAUUGAGCGGGACCCCAGCGGGGAGGACUUCCCGUGGGACAGGAUGAACGCAAAGACCCGCUGGGCAGCGAUGGUGUUCUUUGUGAUUGUGGCGGUGCUCACCGUGAUAGUGCUGUCGGUGGCGCUCCCGAUCUCUCAGAUUAAGCGGCGGACUACUUUGAAGACACAGGCAGCGCUGUAG